CAGUGCAACAUGUUCAAUCCCGCUAACGUAUUGGUUUUCGUCUGUUUCGUGGCCGCUGCUCUGGCUGAUGGAUACAACAACGAUGGAUACCCGUCUUAUGACAACCACAAGGGCAAUAAACAGUCAUACAAUGGUAAUGGAUACCAACCAUACAAUGCUGGACCAAGUUAUAGCACUCCAUCCAAUGGCAAAGAUUCAACCUAUGGGGCCGACUCUUACGGAACCGGAAUCAAAUAUGGCGCUCCACAUAAGGCGAAAGAUAUGACCUACGGGGUUGAUUCUUACAACACAGGAUCCACUGGAUCCAGCUAUGACACCCCAUCAAAUGGAAAGGGUUCUUCAUAUGGGGCUGACUCUUAUGGCACAAAAUCGAGCUACGUGGCUCCAUCCAAUGGAAAAGAUUCGACCUAUGGAGCUGACUCUUACGGCAAAGGAUCCAGCUAUGCCCCUCCAUCACAUGGAAAAGGUUCCUCGUAUGAUUCUUAUGACAACGGACCCAACUAUGGCAUGUCGCAAAAGGCAAAGGAGACCUACAGACCUGAUUCUUACAACACCGGAUCCACUGGAUUCAGCUAUGACACCCCAUCAAAUGGAAAGGGUUCUUCAUAUGGGGCUGACCCUUAUGGCACAAAAUCGAGCUACGUAGCUCCAUCCACUGGAAAAGAUUCGACCUAUAGAGCUGACUCUUACGGCAAAGGAUCCAGCUAUGCCACUCCAUCAUAUGAAAAAGACUCGACCUAUGUAGCUGAACCUUAUGGUAAAGGAUCCAGCUACGUAGCUCCACCAAAGGCGAAAGCUUCCGCCUACGCAACUGAUUCUUACGACUCAGGAUCUGACUAUGCCACUUCCUCAUAUGAAAAAGACUCGACCUAUGGAGCUGAGUCAUACGAAAAAGGACCCAACUAUGGCUCUUCACAAAAGGCGAAAGAUUCGACCUAUGGGGCUGAACCUUACGGUAAAGGAUCCAGCUACGUAGCUCCACCAAAGGCGAAAGCUUCCACCUACGGAGAUGAUUCUUACGGCAAAGGACCCGACUAUGGCACUUCAGAAAAGACGAAAGACUCGAAAUAUGGAGCUGAACCUUAUGGUAAGGGAUCCAGCUACGUAGUUCCACCAAAGGCAAAAGCUUCCACCUACGGAGCUGCUUCUUACGGCUCAGGACCUGACUAUGCCACUUCAUCAUAUGAAAAAGACUCGACCUAUGGAGCUGACCCAUACGGCAAAGGAUCCAACUAUAGCCCUUCACAAAAAGCGAAAGAUUCGACCUAUGAGUCUGAACCUUACGGUAAAGGAUCCAGCUACGUAGCUCCAUCAAAGGCGAAAGCUUCCACCUACGGAGAUGAUUCUUACAGCAAAGGACCCGACUAUGGCACAUCACAGAAAACAAAAGUUUCGACCUACGGAGCUGAGUCAUACAGCAAAGGACCCAACUAUGGCACUUCAGAAAAGACGAAAGACUCGACCUAUGGAGCUGUACCUUAUGGUAAAGGAUCCAGCUACGUAGUUCCACCAAAGGCGAAAGCUUCCACCUACGGAGCUGCUUCUUACGGCUCAGGGCCUGACUAUCCCACUUCAUCAUACGAAAAAGACUCGACCUAUGGAGCUGAGUCAUACGGCGAAGGACACAACUAUGGCUCUUCACAAAAGGCGAAAGCUUCGACGUACGGGGCUGACUUUUAUGGCACAAAAUCGAGCUCUUCUUACGUCACUGGACCCGACUACGGUACAUCACAAAAGGCGAAAGAUAUGACUUACGAAGCUGAUUCUUACGUCUCAGGCCCCAGCUACGUAGCUCCAUCAUAUGGAAAAGGUUCAACUGACGGAGCUGAUUCUUACGACAAAGGACCCAACUAUAGCUCUUCACAAAAGACAAAGGAUUCGACCUAUGGGGCUGAUCCUUACGGCACAGGAUCCAGUUACGUAGCUCCACCAAAGGCGAAAGCUUCCACCUACGGAGCUGCUUCUUACGGCUCAGGACCUGACUAUGGCACUUCACCCAAGGCGAAAGAUUCAACCUAUGUGACUGAUUCUUAUGGUAAAGGACCCAACUAUGGCACUCCAUCAUAUGGCAAAGGUUCCUCGUAUGAUGCUGACUCUUACAGCACUGGGUCCAACUAUGGCGCUUCACCAAAGGCGAAAGAUUCAACCUACACGGCUGAUUCUUACGACAAAGGACCCAACUAUGGCACUCAAUCUUAUGGCAAAGGUUCCUCAUAUGAGGCGGUGUCUUAUGACACGAAAUCCAGCUACGUAACUCCGCCAAAGGCAAAAGAUUCCACCUUUGGGGCUGACCCUUACGGCGUAGGAUCCAGCUCAGAUGGCUCAGCAAAACGAAAACAUUAUUAAUCUCACUACCCCCUUGCAACACGGCCAUCAACGACAACUUGCUUUCCCUUCUCUGCUGAGAUUUAUACUUUUUAAUAUCAAAUUUAAAUAUCUGUAUGUGGACAUUUCAACUGAGGAAAGAAUUUUCCCAGAAUUUCUCAUAGUGA